UGAAACCAUUGUAAAUUAUGGGACUCGGCGUCACCUCUGAGUUUUUUGCUUCACGCGUUUGCCUUUUUCACCAACAAAAGGCCAUGGCUAUCCUCCAAUUCAAACCCUCUGAAUUCAAUAUUUUAACCCAAGUUUCUAAAGUCGGCCAAUCAGUUUUCCAUGGUAAAGAAACAAAGAAAAAUUUGCCAAACCUAAGAAAAAUUUUAAGCAUUUUAUAAAUAAAUGCAAAGCUUCAAUCACAUCCUGCAAAAAGAGGAAGAGUGUAUAGAGAUGGAAAUGGAAGGCAGCAGAGUUGAAUCGCAGCAAACAAGAUUUGCUCUUCCAGUGGAUUCAGAAAACAAAGCAACUGAGUUCAGAGUAUUCUCAGCUGCAGCACCUCACAUGCGAGCGUUUCAUCUAUCAUGGAUAUCCUUUUUUUCUUGCUUUGUUUCCACGUUUGCAGCUCCACCGCUCCUUCCCAUCAUCCGUGACAACCUUAAUCUCACAGCAACCGACAUUGGCAAUGCUGGGAUUGCAUCAGUCUCCGGUGCAGUUUUUGCCCGUAUAGCCAUGGGCACUACCUGCGACUUGUUCGGUCCUCGUCUUGCUUCUGCUUCACUCAUCCUCCUCACUGCACCUGCUGUUUACUUCACUUCUAUAGCUUCAUCACCUCUGUCUUUCCUCCUGGUACGCUUUUUCACAGGAUUCUCAUUAGCCACUUUUGUAUCAACUCAGUUCUGGAUGAGUUCAAUGUUCUCUGGUCGAGUCGUUGGUACUGCUAAUGGCCUUUCAGGUGGGUGGGGAAAUCUCGGUGGUGGUGCAACGCAGCUCAUCAUGCCUGUUGUGUUUGCCAUCAUUCGUGACAUUGGUUCUGUAAAAUUCACAGCUUGGCGGAUCGCAUUCUUCGUCCCUGCCUUGUUUCAAACAUUAUCAGCAUUUGCCAUUCUCCUGUUUGGCCAAGAUUUGCCGGAUGGAAACUACCUAGUGCUGCAGAAAUCUGGGGAUAAACAGAAAGAUAAAUUCUCCAAGGUAAUGUAUCACGGGAUAACGAAUUACAGAGGAUGGAUUUUGGCAUUGACUUAUGGAUAUUGCUUCGGAGUGGAACUUGCAGUUGACAACAUAAUUGCAGAGUACUUUUAUGACAGAUUCAAUCUGAAACUCCACACAGCAGGCAUCAUUGCCGCAAGUUUUGGAUUAGCGAACGUGGUUUCUCGGCCGGCCGGAGGAAUUCUCUCCGAUAUGAUGUCUAAGAGGUUUGGCAUGAGGGGCAGACUAUGGUCUUUAUGGGUGGUGCAGACAUUAGGAGGUGUAUUCUGCGUGAUUCUGGGUCGGGUCAGAUCUCUAAGCGCAUCCAUCGCCGUUAUGCUCGUCUUCUCUAUGUUCGUUCAAGCUGCAUGCGGGCUUACAUUUGGGGUUGUUCCUUUUAUCUCCAGAAGGUCACUGGGCGUAAUAUCUGGGAUGACAGGAGGAGGUGGAAAUGUGGGUGCAGUUUUGACUCAGCUAAUUUUCUUCAAAGGGUCGAAAUAUUCAAAGGAAACAGGGAUAACCCUAAUGGGUAUCAUGAUUAUAAUCUGCACACUCCCAAUCUGUUUAAUGUAUUUCCCACAAUGGGGAGGGAUGUUUUGCGGUCCCUCUAAUAAAAAUUUUACAGAAGAAGACUAUUACUUGUCUGAAUGGAAUUCUAAAGAAAAAGAGAUUGGCUUGCACUAUACAAGCUUGAAAUUUGCAGACACCAGUAAAAGUGAAAGGGGAAUGUCUGCAAGAUCCAAGUCUGCAACUGCAGCGCCGGCUGAUGACAUUACAACUUCUAGUCUCUAAAAUGGUUGUCGGAUUGGAUGAACAAUAUUCAAGCUUUUGUGUUUGCAAGCUAGUCGCUUUGCAGAUUGUAUAAGAGCUAGGAUCUUUAUACUUGUACGCGUUGGGACUGUUCCUUUUUAUCAUGUUUGUAAUUUUGUGAUCUCUUUCUUUCCGGUUCUCCUAAGGUAUUUUUUUUUUGUUUCCAUACAAAAUCUGAUAAUGAAGCUCAAGUGCUUUCUUGCUAGAUUUUGUUCUUCAAACUCUGCCAAACCCAAGAGACCUCAAUACCAAAAGUUAAAGUUUUUUUUUUUUUGGUUGGAAUCUAAAAGAGUUAUGUUGAUUUUUUGUUCUUC